GAAGGGUUGAAGGGCAAGCAGUAUGACGUACUUGUUAUCCCUCGCUGUUUGACAGCCUGAAGUGGAGAUCUUGGUACCGCUGUUACUUCCGGGUUGUGUCUCACUCCGGGCUCAUAUCUAGUUCUGACAGUAUGAUCCUUGCACAUAUUCUACGUCCAACCAUCAUCUCCAAAAAGCAGAUACGCCCAGCUGCAUAUAGAUAUUUCUGGGGCUGGCUAAAUGCAGUGUUUAACAAGGUUGACUAUGAGCGCAUUAAGGACUUUGGCCCAGACAGAGCAGCUUCAGAAUGGCUUUUGCGCUGUGGUGCUCAUGUUCGAUAUAAGGGAUUUGAGAGGUGGCAGCAAGACUACAAUGGAUUACCCACAGGCCCUCUAGGAAAAUACAAAAUACAAGCUAUUGACGCCACAGACUCCUGCAUCAUGUAUAGAGGAUUUGACCACUUGGAUGGGCUGGAAAAUGUGGAAGAAAUAAAGCUGUGCAAGUGUAAUUAUAUCGAGGACACCUGCCUGGAGAGAAUGAGUAAAAUAGAAAAUCUACAGAACAGCCUCAGGAGGCUAGAGAUCAUCUCAUGUGGGAAUGUCACUGAUAGAGGGAUUAUAGCUCUCAACACUCUCAGAAACUUGGAGUACUUGUUUCUGAGUGAUCUUCCUGCUAUCAAGAAAAAGCAAGCAACUGUGGAGAUGCUUCAAACAGCAAAUCCCUCAUUACACGUGGAGUUGGAUCUCGAUUAGCAGAAAAUGUCUGGACUAUAUGUAUCCACUCUUCUCUACAUCUGUUUUUGGAAAUAAAUACAGAAUAUCCUAAAA